GGAUGACUCACGCAGGUGUCAGAGCUCGGCAGCAAGUCCCAGCCAGACCUGGCACACUAUAGUUUUGGCUCUCAACGUAGCAGCAUCGCGGAUUUGGUUGCUCUUUGAUUGUGGCUCAUUAUGGUCUUUGUUAUGAACGUUACUCCUGCCGGCGGCCGCGGCUGGAACACGUUUCUGCUGCUCAUCUGCGUUAGCGUUACGAUGGGCACCACCAUUCCGGUUGGAUACUUCUUCGGCGUUCUCAAUGCACCGGCCGAGCUCAUCAAGCGCUGGUGUGAGGAUAUCCUGGCCAGCGAGUACGACACCAUUGUGAGCCCCAGUCAGCUGGAUAUACUGUGGACAAGCAUCGUCUCCAUCUAUCUGAUUGGGGGCAUUUGCGGCUCAUGUUUCAGCGCUCUGUGUAGCGACAAGUACGGCCGAAAGGGCUGCCUCAUGAUUAGCGGUGCUGUGCUUGUGGUUUGCGGCAUGCUCUUCACUUGGUGUCGGGUUGCCAAGUCGCUGGAGAUGCUGAUGGUUGGACGCUUCUUUGGCGGGAUUGCCUCUGCCCUGAUAUUCACCGCCCAGCCCAUGUAUCUGCUGGAGCUGGCUCCCUCGGAGCUGAGCGGCAGUGUGGGUGUCUUCACCUGCAUCGGGGUGACGGGUGGCAUUCUGCUCGCUCAGGUGAUGACCCUGUCCGAGCUGCUUGGCAACGAGGAUCUGUGGCCCUACGCCCUGAGCUUCUACACCCUGCUGGUAGUCGCCUCGCUGCUGCCCAUGUGGUGGUUUCCGGAGAGUCCUCGCUGGCUCUACCUCUACAAGCGCGACUCGGCCGCCAGUGAGCUGGCUUUGCGUCGUAUCCGAGGGCAUGGGGCAGAGGAGGAAGUUCAGCGGGAACUGCUUGAGAUGAGGAACACGUUGGAGGCCCAGGCCAGCAGCAAGGAUAGCUCCCUGUGCCAGGUUCUGGGCGACAGAGAGCUGUUUCUGCCACUGCUCUUAGUCUGCUCCUUCCAGGCCACACAACAGCUGAGUGGCAUCAAUGCUAUCUUCUUCUACUCGCUGUCCAUUCUGACGGAGGCGGGCUUCUCCCCUGGAGCAGCCACCUGGCUGAAUCUGGGCAUUGGCGGCUUCAAUCUGUGCACCUCCCUGCUGGGCCCGCUUCUGAUACAAAAGUUUCCGCGUCGUCCGCUGAUGAUGUUGUCCUGCGCCGUUUGCGCCCUAUCGCUUUUGGCCAUGUCCAUUGGUUUGUACUUCCUGGAGAGCUCGGAGAGCACGUUGCUGACCUAUUUCUGCGCUGCCUUCAUCCUCAGCUUCAUCCUGGGCUUCCAGAUUGGCCUCGGUCCCAUAGCCUACUUCAUUGGCUCUGAGCUACUCGAGGACUCGCCCCGCUCCGUGGCCAUGUCGAUGGGCAGCCUCUUCUCGUGGAUUGGAAACUUCCUGGUGGGCAUGUGCUUCCCCCUGCUCCAGGGCGUCUGGAGCUCGUUCGCCUUCAUGCCAUGCAUGUGCGUUUGCAUCUACUGCCUGCUGCUCACAUGGCGCUAUCUGCCAGAGACGCGUGGACGCGAACCCAAAGAUGUCAAGCCACUGAUGAGCCACGGACUGCGCUCCAAACUGGACUAAGACUAUCCCCAUACACAAAUAGUAAUCUAUAAAAUAUUGUAAUCUGUAUAUCCAUCUAAUAUAAAUCAGUCGAUCCCUUGACCAAA